UAAACAAGGGACGUGUCGUGGAAUAAGGUUUAUUUUAGAAAAAAAAAGAUCGUGGAGAACAUUUUGAAAGUGUUUUGUUUUUGUUUGAAUUUCGUCGUGAAUGAAUUAAACAAAUUAUUAAUAAAUUAAAUAAAUAAAAUGCAUCCGAAACACAUCACCUGUCUUACGGCCUGCACACUCCUGCUGUUUCUGCUGCUGACCUGUUGUGGUUCCGGCACGAAUGAAGUUGAGGGUGCUCGCAUAUUGGCCGUCUAUGCCUUUCCGGGUAAAAGUCAUUAUGGCAUGCAUUCGGCAUUGAUUAAGGAACUGGUGCAGCGGGGACACCAGGUGACAAUGAUUGCGGCAUUUAGUUUGAAAAAUCUAAAUUUGGGUGCCAACUACACGGAGAUUCUGAUAGAGCCGGUCUAUGAUUUCUGGAGUGAUGUUAUGGAUUUCUUUAAAACCGACAACAUCUUCGAGCUAACCGACAUGGGUAAUCUGCAGUAUUACAAAAUGAUGGACAUUAUUGCCUUUUCCACGACGGAACAUGCCCUGAAGCAGCCAAAAGUCCAGGCCCUAAUCAAUGAUCCCCAGCCGAGAGGAAAAUUUGAUUUGUUGCUGUGCGAACAGUUCUAUCAGGAACCCUUCUUGGCCUUGUCCCGGGUCUAUGAUGUCCCAGUGGUGACCAGCAGCACAUUGGGUUUUGAAUCACGUAUGAGCCAAAUGAUGGGCGUCAUAAUGCCUUGGUCUUUUGUGCCACAUACCUUUUCGCCCUACAGCGAUCGCAUGAAUUUCUUUGAGCGUUUAAUGAAUUCGUUUUACUCCCUGACUGAGGAUAUCAUUAGGGAGUAUGAUUAUUUUCCCAAAAUGGACACAAUGAUGCGGAAGUAUUUUGGUCAUUUGAAUGUUGAAAUACCAUCAGUUUCCAAAUUGGAGAAAAACAUUUCCGUGGCCAUGGUGAACAGUUACACCCCCUUGAGUACAACGAGACCCCUGGUGCCGGGCAUGAUUGCUGUGGGAGGAUUACAUAUAUACCCCAACAAGAAAUUGCCUCAAGAGCUGCAAACAUUUUUAGAUGGAGCUGUGGAUGGUGCCAUUUUCUUUAGUUUAGGCAGCAAUGUCCAAUCGAAAGAUAUGCCCUAUGAAAAAAUGCGCAUCUUUCUCGAUGUCUUCGGGUCUAUGCGGCAACGUGUCAUUUGGAAAUUCGAAAAUGACAGCAUCCCAGAUAUGCCGAAAAAUAUUUUGAUACGAAAAUGGCUACCACAAUCGGAUAUUUUGGCACAUCCCAAUGUCAAGGUGUUCAUAACACAUGGUGGACUCUUUGGUACCCAGGAGGGUGUUUACCAUGGCGUCCCUAUGUUGGGUAUACCCAUUUACUGUGAUCAACAUUUGAAUAUGCGCAAAGCGGAGCAGAGCGGCUAUGCCAUUAAAUUGCAUUUUCCCACGAUCAACAGGGAAGUCCUUAAGGAAUCUUUGAAUAAAUUGAUUCAUGAUCCUCAAUAUCGUAAUAAUGUCCAGAGAUAUUCAAAUGUGUUUCGUGAUCGUCCCAUGGGUGCUCGUGAGACGGCUGUCUAUUGGAUUGAAUAUGUGAUUCGGCACAAGGGAGCAACUCAUAUUCGUUCGGCGGGUUUGGAUUUGAAAUGGUAUCAGUUCUAUCUGUUAGAUGUUAUUGCUUUUGCUGUUGCCGUGCCAUUGUUGGUCAUUGCGUUGGCGGUAUUUGUCCUGCGCAAAGUGUUACGUCGCGCGGGAAAAUCACCGAAGAAGGUGAAGGAAAAUUAAAGACCUCUAGUUUAAUUAAUGGUUGCAGAUGUAGACAUACUGUACGUAGUUUUUAAUUAGUUUUUAGUCAUACGAAUUGUUAAGUGCAAAUAAAACUGGAAACAGGAGAAACCUUUGAAAGGAUACUCUA